UGUUGUUAGUCAUCUUGUCAGUUUGACAAAACAAAAUGCAGAUAUCCGAGUUGUUUAACCCAUAUGUUUAAUUACUUUAUAUAAAAUGAUAAAGAGUUAAUGGUGUUAAUUUCCAAAUACACGAACAGUCGACACAUGCUUAAGUUCCGAUCUAUCCCGUUGUGAUAACGAUGUCAAAAAUGAAGAAAUUAACGGGCUCAUUUCGCUACACGCAAUGGGAUCCUUGUCUUAUAAUUUCUCAAAUUAUGGCAAUGCAGUUUGUUUUAUAUCUCUCACUCAGUCUCAUAAUAGCUAUAAUGCAAGAUUUGACUUCUUCCACUAGAACUUUGGAUCAUUUGUUUGAGUAUCAUGAAAUACAUGUUAAAGACAAUGAGGGAAGAGCAAUUAUAGCAGCCUUUGUGAUCAAUGCUAUUAUUGGGUCAUUUAUGCUCUGGAUGCUGGUCGGAAGAACAAAACUGUGCUUGGACUUUAGUUGCACCUUCUAUGGUAUACAUUUACUUUUCUGCUGGGUGUACAAUGGAUCAUUUCCCACAACAUUCUCCUGGUGGGCGCUGAACAUAGCUUCUGCGGCUAUAACAUGUGUCGCCGGCGAAUUUCUAUGUCUCCGUACCGAAUUACAAGCUAUUCCGCUAAGUAAUAUCGGUGCUAAGGUGGACUUAUGAAACCUACCAACUUCGAAUAUAUCUCAGUGAUUGUAUGACAUUUGAGUACAGUUGUGAUGAAAAGUGUUUUUAAUGUAUGAAGAUUAGACUUGAGAGUGAUCAAAGUAGUCCAGAAGGUUGUGAAAAACUCACUGACAAAUAUCUGAAUAUAAUUCAAUUAAUUCAUAAUAUUUAAUUUCAUUAGCAGUCUGUUAAUAAAUUAAUGUUUUAAAUGUUAACGUCUGUGGUAUAUAGGGGUUAAAAAAAAUCCCAUUCAAGAUAGCAAAGUAAUGCAAAGCCUACAUAGACUAUGGAGUCCACACAUUACCGUUAUGGACCUAUAAAUUAAUCAAAACAACUUCAUUAAAGGUAUUAAAGUCUCUUGUGUAAUGUCGUUUAACACUUCUUUGCUUGUUACAUUUAUUCUUGUAAAUAACUUAUAAUUAAAAUUAUUAUUUUUUAUGUAUAUUUAAAAAAAUUUACUCAUUUUAAUUUUGCGUUAUUCUUGGUUACGUUCAAAAGAAAAUUAUGGUAGUAGUGGUGGUUUUCAUAUUUUGUAUAUAAAUUUGUAAUUCGAAAAAUUUUUAAAUCACAUUUAUAGUUAAACAAAAUAUUUUUUUUUUUCGAUUGUUCAAUGUAUAAAUAUUAGUCGUACAUCUUGUAGAUAGUUAGUUUAUGUACGUGUCAAUAAAAAAUAUCUAAAUAAACAUGAAAAAAAUAAAAAAAUAAUUGAGAUACUCCCUUUUUGAAGUCGGUUAAUAACCUUCCAGUGCAUGCGAAUCCGAUAUCAUUAGUUUUAGUAACCUGAUGAAGAAAUAAUAUGUACAAUAACAUAACGCAAAUAUAACAAAUAUAUUUGCUUAUCAAAUCGGUCAAAUAUAUACAUGAUUUGAAAUAAAAUUGUUGCUUAAUGGUA